AUUUUCACUCAAGCCCAGGUAGCAUGUGGAUUCGUUUGUUGUUCUUGUUUUGUUCUUGAAUCAGACAUGUAAAAUGGGCACAAUAAAGUUAUUAGAUGUGUGGAUAAAUCGUGACUUGAUCAGUCGAGGUUUUCAUCACGGUGCCGUGGCGAAAAGACUAACACGUUAUGACGCGCCACGAGGUUAUUUGGUUUUUGGGAAAGGAUUCGCCACGAUUACAGAGAAACGGACUAUUCCCAGCAGAAAACCAGGACUGAAGGCUGCCGACAUCGCGGCAAAGCUUCGGCGUGAAACAGAGACCGAAACCACAUACAAGGUUCCGGUGUCUCCUUUACAGAGAAGAGUUGCAGAACUCAGGCAGUUCUCUCAGAAGCUACAAUCUAUCCAUCCAAAUGUUUUUGCCAAAGUACUUUAUAAAAGUAUCUUAUACCAAGACCGACACCUAAUUGCCAUAAAUAAGCCAUAUGGAGUACCUGUUUACAGUAAUAGAGGUAUCAGGAACAGCAUUACAGGAAGCCUUCCAGUGCUGGCUAAGAUCAUUGAUGGUAUGCAGGCAGGGUCUCAGCUGCACACUUGUUACAGUGUGGAGAAAGAUACCACAGGAGUCCUGCUCUUAGCCAGGACAGAAGAGACUGCAGAACAUGUACGAAACCUUAUAAAGUCGCAUCAAAUGGAGAGCAAAUAUAUGGUAGUAACUGUUGGUGUGCCUGUUCCUUCUGAGGGAGUGAUCGACAUCCCCAUCAUUGAGAAGGAAGUGGCAGGAUCUCAGCAUCACUACAAGAUGGGACUAAGUCCCCUGUACAGAGUGACAGAGGAGGGAGACGGGCUGAAGAAAGUCAGGGCUCAUCGGCAGGCCCACAGCGCCGUCACACAAUACAGAGUCCUGGACAGCAGUUCUGGCUGCAGCCUGGUCGAGCUCCAGCCACUCACAGGAGUGAAACACCAACUGCGGGUCCACAUGGCGUUGGGUCUAGCCUGCCCCCUGCUGGGAGAUCAUAAGUAUUCCCACUGGAACAAGCUGGCUCCGCAGAAGUUGCCGGAAGGCGUACUGCGGAGACUUGGUUUGGAGCAGAGCAAAACCCGACACCUCCCUCUCCACCUCCACGUCCGACAGAUCACCCUACCAGUGGUCAAAGGUCGCCACGACGUCACUGUGUCCUGCCCACUUCCCAAAUACUUCACCAUGACUCUGAAAAAGCUACAGAUCCCGUUGCCUGAGAAGCCAUGGGAGACGAAUGUCAUCUCCAGAACAUGAUUAUAAACCUCAGGCAGAGGUGGAUGGGUCCAAAAAGCUCCUCCUCUGCCUGUGUACAGCUAUAUAAUGAACUUGGUCUCCCAAACGGGCAAGAUUAAACAACAGAUCAAAUAGCUUGGAGUUAAAGUGCUAAUUUUACCAAGUGUAUUGUAAUAAUGUCGUUCGGCUCUGAGCUGCUCUGUAAUGGGGUCCAGUGUGUUUCAAGACUCAAGUUUGACUUGUGUGUAUUAGUUUGUGUGGUUUAAUUAAAUGCAAAAUUUCUUUCAGGCA